UUUAUAGUCAUUAUAAUUAAAGAGGUGGCGCCACAUCUGGGGAGCUGGACUUCACCAGAUGGGAUUUGUCUUUAUUCUUGCGGAAACCAGGACCAAUAUUUCGGAAACUACCACCACCAUCUGGAGAUCCUCCUUUUUGGGACGUAUCCUGAGAAAAACGAAAUCGCAAUAGUGCAUAGAAUUGUGAUGUAAAGAUUGGAAAAUGGAAACUGCUGAUGCGGAAAACUUGGAAUAGAAACGGCUGAGAAAGCUUAUGAGUACCCCUAUGUUGCACAGUUUUCUGGCGACCGUGGCAGGACUCCGAAGGUGGCUGGGCCGGUUCACGUCCUGAUCUACUCCACACCGGCACCGAGUGAUUCUCGGGGAGUCAUUGGUUUGUGCCCGACCCCCGCGCCUGUCGGACGACUGUGAGGAGGUAAGCCCGAAGGUGUUUUAUUUCUGGUAUUGGUAUUGGGUGCCUGUCCGUAAGACGAGGUGGCAAUCCUCGCAGGAUUGGGCUAAAGACGUCUUGGUGGAAAAGCCUAGGCGCCGGCUGUAAGACGCGGCGAAAGCUUCGCUUGUCCGGCACUUGCCCCUCGCAGCGACGAGUAGUGGAGAGAUUGGUUGGGUUGGUCUGUUCUGUUUCUCUCUCUUUGUAAAUUUCUUUUUGUAUUUUCUGUUUCAUUUUGCAGUGGUAAAAUUGUAUUUGGUUGGUCUGUUCUAUUUCUCUCUCUGGAAAUCUCUUUUUGUAUCUUCUGUUUUAUUUUGCUGUGGUAAAAUUGUAUUGUGAUAUGAUGCCUUUUAAAACAUUUAAAGCACUUGUCCAAUCCAAUGAGAUAGUGCCGGGGAAUACCCCGCUGGGUUGUUUGGUAGGGAGAUGGAAAUCAGAAGGCUUUGAUCAAGACAAAUUACGAAAAGGAAAAAUGAUUGAUUUUUGUAAUCACUUGUGGCCCUUGUAUGCCUCUGAGGGAGGGCCAGAAUGGCUUUUAAAUGGCACAAUAGAUCACGCUGUGAUAACUCCCCUAAUGCAGUAUUUAAGGAAGAAUAAGAAGUGGGAGGAAAUACCAUAUCUGGAUUUGUUUUACUAUUUGGGACAAAAGACAGAGUGGCAGAAGGAAUGUGGUAUUAUGAUGUUAGAAGUCCAAAAUGAUGAGGAAUGUCUGGAAUGUAAGAAAAAGAAUGUGUGUGUGAGCUGUGCAGUUAAAGCCAACCGAGAGGAGGAGGAUUUGUCACUGUGUAUUGCUGCUUCCGCUCCACCUUUAGAACUAGAGGAAAGAGAACGGAUAGAGAUAAGUAAGAAAGAAUAUGAGGAUUUAGAAGAGGAUGAUGGAGAUGAUCAGGGUGAGGGGGAUGAUGAUACCGAAUCUUUAAGGACCCCAGGAGUCUCACGGGCAAAGGUUACCCUUCGUCCCCAAACCCCUUCCCCUGGUAGUUCCCGUAGUGUUCAAAGAACUCCACUUGCGGCUCUUACGCGACAGGGGAGACGGAAUCAGGGGGAGCCACACAUGAUUGCUCCGCUGAGGGAGGCAGUAGGACCCCAAGGGGAGCGGGUGCUAAUAAAGGUACCUUUCUCCCUGAGUGAUUUAGUGAUUUGGAAACAGACAGCGGGAAGCUACCGGGAGGAUCCAGAGAGAACUGCGUGUGUGGUUAAAAUGGUUAUUAAAACACAAGAUCCAGAUUGGAAUGAUUUGCAGGUGUUGUUAGAUACUCUGAUGGAUUCAACUGAAAAGGAUAUGGUAAUGCGCGCUGCUAAGGAAAGGGCUAGGGAGGCUAUACGGGCACAGAGGCUGACAGGAGUUACGGUGGGAGAAAUCGUGCCUACCGAUGACCCGGGGUGGGAUCCGAAUAGCAUUGAGGGGCAUCAGAGAUUGAAAAAGUUCCAGGAACUAUCGGUGCGCAGUUGGAGAGAGAACUGCCCCCACUGUACCCAGCGCUGUAUUGCUCAUACUUCACCAUAUAAAUUAUUAAAUUGAUUGCUGCUUGAAUAUUGGCAUAGUCAAGUUUCCUAUUUAUUACAGAGACUCAAAGACAAUGGAUGGGAGACAAAGAGCUCCUGAGGGCUUUCUGUAUUUUAAUCAGCCCCACGGUGGAUUUGGGGCUGGGUCCAGGAGCCUCAGGCACUGAGCGAAGGAUGAAGAAGCUGCUCAAGGAGUCAGGAGCAAAACUCGAAGUGCCUUGGAGCACGGCUGGGCCCCAGGGAGGGCAGGGAGUGCCAAAGGCUGCCCAGGGAGUGCUGAGAGCAGAUCCUUGAGGCCAGGAGUGCAGGGAGCCCAAGGCUGUGGGCAGGGAACUGCAAUGCUGAGCAAGGCCUGGCUUGGCUGCAGGAAGCAGAAAGGCCAAGCCCUGAGCCCAGCCUGGGCCAGCAGGGCCUGUCUCUCACGGCUGGCUCGGGGCUCUUUGUGGGGCAGGGGGAUGUCAGGGGCAGCAAGGACAAACUCCACCAACCCGUGUGACACUCCAGAUCCUCAGGGAACCGAGGGCCAGAGUGACACAGCGGGGCCUCAUGGAAACAAGAGGCUGUUGGGAGCCUGCGGGGCUCUGGCACCCCAGAACACUCAAAUGCUGGGGGUGACCAAAGGCUCCUUUACUCAAGUUUGGUGCAGAGGAGAAAUACCAACCAGAUAUUCUCAAGAGGUCAAAA